AUGGGCCAGAUAACAAACAACUUGCCGCAAAGCGCGUGUGGCACCAAGCGCACGCCACCUUGUUUACGACCUCUCCCUCCAUCAUCCCAAUUCGGUGCUCGUAAACAUCGCCCGACGGAAAUUAGUCGAAACAUGGACCCCGCCCCAUUCACUCCCUCUCUGCCCACCAAUCCACCGGGAGUUCGAGGAACCCUUUUGGUCCUAGACCGAAAUCCGCGUGUCUUUAGGCUGCCUCACGCUCAUUGGUCGGCAAGAAAAUUCGCCAGGCACGCAGCCGCUCAGCAGACAGUGUAUAAAGAGGGGGGUUUGUUGGUCUCCAGCCAGGAGAAUGGUGGAUCCCCUGCUGGAUCUAACGCCCCUCGCACCCCGCUCAUGGGUGCAACCAUCCGUGGCCUCCAACAGCUGGGAGGCUUGCGAGGCCCAGGUGUCAGAGCUACUUCUGUCUCGGGCCGCACGCGAAACGACCGUUUGAUUUCACCCCGAUCUCGAACCCCAUCAACAUCUUCUGUCGACAGACGUAUGGAAGAUGAGAGUUCGCAGGUCUUUGAUCUAAUUGAUCAAAGAUCUUCCAGACCCCUUGGGCCAAACAAAGCUGUUGUCUUUGAGGAUGCUGUCUCCAAGGCAGGUCUGGACGCGGUACACCGCGAGGCUGCUCUAGCCAACUCCGAGGCACAAGGUGCUUUCCGUCACAUUGUCAUCUGUGUCGGUCAAAGUCAGAUCAUGUUCGACAUGUCGAACUUGUCCGCGAAGAUAGUCAAUAUUUCCAAUCAAGUCGCGGGGGUUUUGGAGCAGGUCGAAGCUGCUUUGGUUAAAGUGGAAAGCAUUUCCAUGAAGGUUGAAGGUAUCAUUGACCACGUCACAACCCUCACUGAGCUGGUUCAAUCUGGCCCCAACGUUCAGGCUACUCCCAAUGCCGCUUUAGGGGGCAAUCCACCGGUGCCAAAUGGUGAAACUUGGUCCGUGGCCCCCGAACUGAGGGCCGCGAUCAUCACCACAGCUCACCGCUUCAUAACGCAACCCAGCCUGGAGUCCUAUACGUCUUUGGAGACCCCCGAGCACGAGUGGCUUGCACACUCGCUGUUCAAUUGCAUCAAGACUGCUGUCCGUCAACAUGCUCCGGUCACCCAUUUGCUUCCUCCCCAAGUCAACGGGAACGUGGCUAAACAUAUUCGUGAGAGGCUUCAUCUGCUGCUUUUGACCGGCGUUUACGAUCCGAAAAACCCGGUUGUGCACGGUGCAGUUCCCAACCUCAAGACACUUGUGCAUCGAAUCGCAAUCAAAUUAGGCCAAGCUGGUGACCACGUUGACUAUGAGUCGGUUUGGGCUCAUACGAGCGAGCUUGCUCGCUGCCGAAUUGCGUAUCUUAGACGCGAGGCCGUCCGUAUCUUUCAAAUCGGCAGGGGUUCAAGCUCAAUCUGGGCCGCUGUGGACAACCAGUUGCAUGAUUUACGUCGCCGAGGCAAUGAGUAUACCGCAGCGUUUUACAACAUCGUUUAUGAGGAUGAUUGUUCUGCGUUUGACGGCCAAACCCGGUUUGAAACCGUUUCCGAAGUGUCGGAUUUCCGGUUGCCGGUGGAAGAGGAGGUCAACGCGGCCAUCUUGGUCCAAGCUAACAACGUCGAGGCAGCUUGA